AUGCGCAACGAUGGGACGGCAGUGCCGGAGGGCACGAAGUUCGUCACGGCCCGCGUCCUCACGAGUGGCACGAUCACAUACGAACUGAGCACCAGCAACACCGCAUCCUGGCUCGCACUCCCGAACAACGCGACUGACUUUGCUAACCAUUUCAGCUCCGACGCGGUGGUACGCCGCCGAACGUAUCCGCUAAUCGUGGAGAACGUGCCACUGUCCUUCGACCCCGCAUCCGACACCGAGCUGCGCCGAGCCGAGACACUCAAUGAGCUGCUGCCGGGAUCGCUUGCGUCGGCCAAAUGGAUAAAGGACGUAGGUAAACGCGAAUCGUGGCAAAGCAACGCGUACGUCAUGCUCCAGAUAACAACCAAGGAAGUCGCGAACCAGGUCCUG